GUCCUACUUCUCCAGCAACUAUGCUGUCGUCUUCGUCAUGCUCAGCAUCUACAGCUUGCUGACCAACUUCCUGCUCCUCUUCGUCAUCAUCUUCGUCACCGGUGGUCUCUACGGUAUUGGGAAACUGGAAGGUCGUGAUCUGGAAUUGGGUGUCGCUCGUCUGAACACCUCUCAGCUCUACACUGGUCUGCUCGUCGUUGCGGUUCCCCUGGGUAUCUGGGCCUCUCCCAUCUCCACGGUCCUCUGGUUGAUUGGUGCCACUGGUGCGACGGUGUUCGGCCACGCCGCCCUCAUGGACAAGCCCAUCGAGAAUGCUUUUUCCGAGGAGGCGGUCUAAGUGGUCGGCCGCGAGCUCCUUACGAUACUAUGCCCCGAUGGGGAAGGCCACCGGGAGCACGACCGGGGGGAGUAAUCAGGGGACGGACGACGGCGGCAGCGACAGCACAGCGGAUGUGGGACGAAUUGCGAGUUGCGGAAAUCGACGAUGCGGAGGAGGAUAUCCACAAUGGAGUGCGGCGGAGUAGAAGGGGGCGUCAAAGGGUAUAUAACGACGAUCCGGACGAAACGGGGUCGGUGGAUGGAGUGGAAUAUGAUCUUUACGACGAUACGGAUAGCACCGUAGCUUACGCAGUUCAACUGGCGAUGCAGGAACGGGAGGACUGGCUGGUGGAAAAGGCAUUGGAACGGAUUCGGCGGGCACAUGUGUCUGGACAGAAUAACAUAUGGUUGUCGUCAGAGGAGCGGGAGGCAUUGGAUCGCAGACGAGCGCGCCAGACAAAUGGGAACGGUUCUAUGACAAGACAACGGGGUACAAUGAGCAGCCCAAACAAAGGAACGAAUAACAGGACUCGAACACGGCGUGGCUCUACUCACAACCGCCAGAGUUCUCAACAAACUCAUUCAUCUCCUGUGAUUUCCCUCGACUCCGACUCCGACGGUGACAAGAAGAACAAUGAUAAUGGAGAUGAGGUUCAGAUCAUCGAUGUGGUGCAGCGCCGAGUGCCGGUCAGCCCUACGACGCGGUCGAAGACGAGUGGACGUUCUCGUGGUCGUCGCUAGUUUCUUUUCUCUUUUAUUUCCCCCUUUUGAUUUGUUUAUUGGCUUUAUGUUCAUUAGUACUUAUUUCUAUUCCCCCCGAGUUGUGCCUCUUGCUUUCUCAUUGUUUGUGUUUUGUUUCUUUAGGGAAUCGUGGCUUACGGUAUUCCAAAAGCAUGCGGAGUUCUGAGUAUAGACUAGGAUACGCUAAUGGUUUU